AGACAUAGAUGGAGAAGAGAUCUCAAUAAUUGUUUGCCAAGAGAAAAAUGAUGAUAAUACUAAUUGUGAUACAUUAUACAUUUAUACUAGCAGAUCAACAGGAAAUGCAAUCGUAUAUCUCCGAAAUGCGUAUGAAAUAACUAAACAAGGAAAAACUAAA